ACCUCGCGCCAUGCCGUUUGGUUGGAAAAUAAGGCCGACGCUAGCGUGCACUCCGUGCUCCGCGUAUCGAUACUAUACGCUUUAUGCAUUGCUUCAGUGCUUUAUUGAAUUGGUUUCAAUCAGUGCGUGAGUAAUGAUUGAAGAAGACAAUGUAUACCCCUCCCGUUUGCGCACGCGUGACUUCUUGAAGUGCUCCAAAACAAACGACGGCGUUUGGCGGUAUCUGUCCUCGAACACUUCGAUCGUUCGUCGAGCGUGUCGAGGCUGGUCGCUACAUGACAAAGGCUACGUGGCAAAUCAAAUUAUAAGCUGCCCCACAGCUGAUUCAGAAGAUAUGGUGGUGGUCGACAAACUUUAAACGACAGAUAAAACUGCGUGCCCUUCAUUGUGAAAAAAAGCCAGGACCUCCUAGAAAGGUUCAGCUGUGGUGACUACGUUGAUGGUAUAGCAAGUAGUCGUCCUUCAUGAUGAGCAAGCUGGAAUUUGACAGUGACUCCAAAUCACCGAAGGAGUGGUUCACUGAGCUUGCAGCUGGCCAACAGGACAUGUUAUCCAAGGAAGCUUUUUCUGCUUUUCUGAGCUCGCUUUUCACCGACUUUGAUGAGCUCCAAACCAGUGAUAAACAACAUGCAGUUACUCUGCUAUUUGAGACAUUUGAUCGUAACCAUGAUGGAAAAAUAGAUGUUUCAGAAUUUGAAACAUUCUGGACACAAUGGGUGGAAGUUGUACUACACCCAAAGUGGGCUUUUAUUGUUGUUGACGUACAGAAUGAUUUCAUCACUGGAAGUCUUUCAGUGAAAAAUCUUGCUGAAAACAGGGACCCCGAAGGCAUUGUGCCCAUUAUUAAUGACCUUGUAGAAAAUGUCCCAUGGAAACUAAUUGUGUAUUCACAAGACUGGCACCCAAAAGACCACAUUUCAUUUUACGAAAACAAGGACUGCCGACCUUUCCAUGCCAGUAGCAAAGUGAAUGCUGGAGAUGCCAAGGUUUUUGAUACUGUGAUGUUUGCCGAUGCCAUAUGCUGCACUGGUUGCAUUGAGCAAACCCUGUGGCCAGCCCAUUGUAUACAAGAUACCUGGGGGGCAGAGCUGCACAAAGACCUCAGAGUGCGUGACAAUGCACUGAUAAUCCGCAAAGGCACAAGCCCAGAUGUGGACAGCUACUCUGCAUUCUGGGAUAAUGACAAACGCUCGUGCACUAGUCUCGACAAAGAGUUGAAGGCACAUGGAAUCACUGAUGUUGUUAUUUGUGGAAUAGCGUAUGAUGUUUGUGUGGCCUCCACAGCAUCGCACGCUAUACAGUUGGGAUACAGGACCGUUAUUGUUGAUGAUGCUUCAUGUGGCACUUGUGCUGCAGCCACAGAAGCCACCAAGAGCCGUUUAGUUGCACAGCAUUGUAUGCUGCUGAGCAGCUCAGAGAUAAAGAAACUGGUCUCUGGUGGUACGAGGCCGCAUAAAUUAGGCAUUCAGCUUGCAAAGGCCAUCGCAGCCACAAGCAAGUGAUUAUCUUUCAUUUAGUGCAGCGAUGAAAAUGUGAGUCUAUCACAGAACUGUAAUGGCCACUAUUGUUGCCAGAGCACUUAAGCUCCUGUAUGUUAGAGCUGUUAUCACCUUUGUUGACAGCAAGAACCCAGUUUUGCAGUGGGCCAUUGUGACCGAGAACAGCGCCAGUACAUAGAAGCCCGCAAACUUAGGCUGGAACGGUAGUCUGCAAGACUACCGUUCCAGCCUUAUUUGACAAUGUCUGCUUGGAACUGGUGUUUAUAAUGCAGUUGCUUUGUAUGUGGGAAUACUGCUUUACUUAAGAAGUAAUCAAAUCUUUCUAUAAAUGUGUGCCAUACGAACAAGUGGAUGCUUUACUUGCAAGCAGUGAUAUAUUCUUAUGUGUUAAGUAUUUAGUUUGCCACUGUGCCAGCCUUAUGUUAAGCCCAAAAUUUUUUUUUGCAAGUAUAAUUUACCAACAUUAAUAGCUACCUUUGUGUUGUUAAAAAUGAUGCAGCAGCAUGAUUUUUCUCUAAUUUAGAAUGUAGCAUUAGUUCUCAAUAUGGAACAUAUUGAAGAUUUUGUUCUAGAGUGCCUUUACAAAUGUGAUUAUUUCUCAAACUAUUCCUUUUGCAUUGUUUGACAAGAAAACACUUGCAUGUCUGUGACAAAUACUGUGCUUAGCUUAAGGGUACAGUGAGCCAUACUUGGCUUUGUACACAAACACUCACCCUGAUUGCUAUAUGUAUUGAUCUUGUGCUGUCUGUGAUGCCACCUGUAAUGACCCAGAUAAUUUGCAAAUGUGAUUAUUUCUGAAACUAUUCCUUUUCCAUUGUUUGACAAGAAAGCACUUGCAUGUCUGUGACAAGUACUGUGUUUAGCCCAAGGGUACAGUGGGCCAUACUUGGCUUUGUACACAAACACUCAUCUAAUAUGAUUGCUAUCCGUAUUGAUCUUGGCUGUCUGCGAUGCCCCCUGUAACGACCUAGAUAAUUUUUAUAUGCAUUUUUAUCUUUUGCAGGAAGAAUUGACGUCACUUCUACGAGUACCUUGUAGAAAGUAAUGACAGCCGAGUGUAUAAAGUUAUUGCAACAGAUUUUUACUCCUGAACUUAGCCGCAGAAUACUUUUUGUAUCUACUUCUAGUAUGUCACUUUGUUUCCUUAAUCAGCCUGAUACACCUUUGUUAUACUAAACCAGACAUUUUCCUUUUGUUUACUUUUAAAGCAACAUAUGUUAACUCUCCUUUGCACUGAAGUUAACCUGUUGGUAAUUGGUGUUAAAAUAUAGUUGAUCAUUCUAAACUGCAAGCUGCAAAAGCCAUCCAACUGCAUUCCUUUGUAAACAUCAGAACACAUCUUUAUUAUGCUUGCAACAGGCAAGAGCCUGGAUAGCACAAAGCCACAAAAAAACAUCACAUUUCUGAUACGCAUAUGUAAAAUUCAAAAUUUUCCAUCAAACGAUUUUUCUGCCCUUUAAAAGCAGUUAUUAAUGUCUAAGUGUGGCGUGGCCAAGGUAUACAUUUUUUUUUAAAUGCUUGCUGCAAAACUUUUGGUUAGUAGCAUAGAAAACUGUUGUUCCCCCCCGACUACAUGAAGACUGUGCACAAAAAAAAGGGGGGGGGGGAGGGUACGACACAAGACAACAUGAGUGCAGACAAACAAGCAUUUAUUUGGAAAGACAUGGAAAGUGAAUAUGAGCGUAAGUAAAUCUUGCUAUGUGCUUUGGUGUUGCAUAAACUUUAUGCCUUGAAACAAUUGUUCUGUAGCAAUUAUAUGCAAUAUUUCUGUUGACGCCCAAUAAAAUGAAUAAAGGUGUUCGCUCAUUUA